UAUAUGGACAAUCGGACUUUAGGUGGACAUUCCCACAAGGCUGCAAGGAUCGCUCAGUAUGAUUGGGCAACACAGCGUAAGCGACUUGCAUAAAAUGCCCACCGCGAUGAUUCAACAUCAGUUUCACAGCUCGGCCUGUCCAGUCGUUGAUCAACCAGCCUGGCAUGACCGUUUAUCGAACCAAGGCUUCCACAAUAUGCCAUUUGUCAGGUGUAUCGUAAUUCUCUCGCUCUCUCAGACCCGGCUCGACGAAAACGAGUGACUACGAGGUCAGGACAUUCUCACCAUGUUUUCGGUAUGGCGAGUACGAACAUGAGCGUACAGUCUACAAUAGUUGUCCAACGGCGCCUGGCCCGAGAAGCACGGAGCAAAGAAGACGACUGGGCCGGCCUAUCCGAAAUCAGAGCGAGAAAGAGGAUCCAAAACCGACUUAAUCAGCGGUCGUACCGCCGUAGGCGUGCCGAGCAGCGCGAAGCACAGCGUGCGAGGAGAGGGUCACUUGCUCGCAUCAACCAGAAAACCCACCCAAUCACCGUUGCUCCUCGCCCAACACAAACCCAGACCCAGACCCAGACCCAGACUGUCGUGCGCGACUGUCCGCUUAUCUACGGGUUCUGCUUCUCCGAACCGAAAGCCUUGGUUCAUCGCCCUCCUGUUGAUACCAAACUCCUGAUUCCUACUCGGCGUCCCAAGCAAAUAGAUGCCCCCUUCGGAGGCUGCGCGACCAUCUUCCUCGACCAUGACGUCCGACGAGUUCACCAUUAUGCCUGCUCAGUCCUCUGGCCCAGCUUCGGACAUCAUAUCCUGUCGACGGACGAGACCCUAACGUCCGCAUUCUUCCGGCUCAGCAUGACCGACGAAUUGCUUCUGAAUACAUUCGUAUGGACAGCAGCGCUCGAAAUGUCGCUGCACGACUUGCCCCCAACGACGACACACAAGAACAACGCCGUGAUGCUAUCGUGUCAGACGAGAGCGAUUAAAAUGGUUCGUGAGCACAUCGACCAGGGCAGCGUCACGGAUGCGCUGAUCUUCGCUGUGCUGGCGCUUGCAAUCAGUGAUGCUGAACCAGUACCCGUGCUGCAGGAGGAGUCCGAGUACGGCGGCUUUGAUCCGCCUCUCCGCUCGCUGGGCUGGCUCGAGUACUUAUCCCGCUUGCGCUGGACACAGUCGCACAUGGAUGCGCUAGAACGUCUGGUUGAGGCGCGAGGGGGGUUGGAGAAGAUCGAAACGCCUGGCAUCGCGGAACAAAUCCAGUCAACCGACGUCUUGCACUCAAGUCUGUCAUUAUCGAGACCUACCUUUGCUCUUGGCUCUUUAUACCGCCACGUCCUAGAACACCAAGUCAAACUGGUACGGCCGCCACGGGAGCGUGCUGCAUGCUUCGAUGUCGUCGAUGACAACUUCAAGGACCUAUUGCUCGACAUGCGCAUGUAUUGUCGACUUUUGGAGAGAUCUGGCCUUGCCGCGGAUGAGAACAUUGCUACUUGGGAGACCAAUGUCUCCCGUAAUCUGAUACAAUUUCGGUUAUUGCUGCUGUCAAAGGCCGACGGCAUUGCCGAGUUGUGUCGCCUCGCUGCGCUUAUUUUCAGUUACGGCGCCAUAUACCCUCUUGCCCGUUCUGAGUCGUUGAAGCUGCUGGCUAGACAGCUGAAAACCGCUGUCAGCGAAACAAUGACAGUAAUGCAUGAGGCAACCGAGUUGAUGCUCUGGGUUUGCGUGAUAGGUGGCAUGGCCACCGCCGACACAGAGGACGAGUCAUACUUUGUGACCGUGCUCAAGCUGCUAUUCAGCCGAUUGGGAGUGGGCAGUUUUGCACAAUUGAAGGAAGUCUUGCAACGAUACAUAUGGCUGCCCAGUGCCUGCGACUCCGGCGCACUCGCUCUCGCGAAUCGAGUAGAGCCAGCCCGAUUUGGAGAUGGAGUCUGAGUCGAGACAACGGUCUUCUAGACCCCAAGUCCUUUGCACAGAAUGGCCACCUGUGGCUCUGUCAAGUCCCAGACUUUUGUUGACUCGCUGAUGGGGCUCACUGGGAGAGCAGAUUGUU